CAAAAUAACUUUUUCUGACGUACAUCGACUAACUGAACAACACUCCAUCACAGCCCGCUCCAAAGUGGACAAGGGAUACAGUUUCUUUUUCGAGAACUUCAUCUACGACUACGAAGAUUGUUUUCCAAGCUGAUGCAGCCGAACUUCAAGAAACCUCAUGCAGCUGUACAGCAGGCAAGGUUCUGUGCAACCAUCUAGUGGCCUUGUUGUUCCAGAGUGCCCAUUACAGCAUGUUGCAGGUGAGAGCUGUACCACCACCUGUGGCCUGCACAAGCUCUCUGCAAACAUGGCAUCGACCAAGGACAAAGGGGAUCCAUGCAGAGCCGGUUCAGGACUUGGUUGUUAGGAGACCAAAGCCAUCUGCCAGGAGUGUAUGCAAAUCAACACUCUAUCAAGCAUACACAGGAUCCCUCCCAGACCCGCAAGUCUUGUCUCUUGGGGAAGGACUGAAAAACCUCAGGCCGCAACCACUAAUAUCCUCAGUGCUGCAUGGCUUGUCUCAACUCUCCAUGGUCGACUCCAGGUUCGGACCUGUGCCGCGAGGUUCACCCCUGUCCUACCAGUGUCCUCCUGUGGUCAAACGCGGAAAUUAUGUCCAACACCCAGGUGCACCAACAUUCCCUAAACUGCCUUUAGAGGGGUCAACAUUUCCCACUACUUUUCCAAACGUUGACCCAAACUCCCAACAGUUUCUCCAUUUGGACAGCUUAACUGUGACACACGAGAUGGCAGCUGAGAGAGAGGAGCAGACACGUGAGCAGUCUGAGUGCCCAUUAUGGCAAGCUUUACGCAAGCCUAGAGUGACAGCUAGUAGGUUCUAUGAGGUUAGCCAUGUGAAAGGGCCGUCUUCUGGUCAGACCCUGGCAGGGCGGAUACUUAAGGGAGUACACCAGACUCCCGCCAUGAAAAGGGGCCUUGAACGCGAGCCACAGGUGCUGGAACAAUAUUCAAAACAUUUCAAUGUAAAUGUCUCACGCUGUGGAUUUGUUAUCCAUCCCGAUGCUCCUCACAUCGGGGCUAGCCCCGAUGCGAGGGUAUAUGACCCUAGUGCCAUUCCGUGUUUUGGGCUUGCUGAAGUUAAGUGCCCAGACAUCUCCAGCAUUUCUGAGGCAGGACAUGUAAAAAUUGUGAAUGGUCAGGCAAAACUGAAGCAGAAUCAUAAAUACCACUGGCAGGUUCAAGGCCAACUGGCAGUAACUGGAUUGAGUUGGUGCGAUUUUAUAACAGAUACUGAGGGAGACUUAACAGUCGAAAGGGUCUGGAGGGAUGAUGAAAUGAUAAAAGAGAUGAAAAAGAAGGUGGACCUGUACUUCUUUGGUACAUAUAUGAAUGUGUAUCUUCAGCAGAAAGUGAAAUGAACU